AUGAGUACGCAAGAUAAAUUGUCUGAAGAUGAGACUGCUUUGUACGACCGUCAAAUUCGUUUAUGGGGCUUGGAGGCGCAGACUCGAUUGAUGAGAAUGAAAAUUCUUCUUAUAGGUCUUUCACCUAUUUCUGGCGAAAUCAUAAAAAAUAUAGUCUUAUGUGGAGUUAAUACUUUGGUUUUAUGUGAUGACCAACUCGUAAACAGAACAGAUAUCGAUAGCUGCUUUCUAUUUGACGAAUCACAUCUGAAUACUAAGCGGAAUAAGUCUGUAUUCGCUCGAGCGCACUCGCUGAAUGAAAAAGUUAAUAUUAAAUGCGAAGAUAAUGUCAGCGAAGAUUUCCUUGCUGAAAAUUAUCAGGAUUACGAUGAAAUUAUUAUAUCACUGGACCUUUGUAGUGAAACAUUCAAAAACUGGUUGAAAUAUGUUGAAAAGUUUUGUAGUAAGCCUAAUAGACCUAGAAUCCAUUGUGUCGUAUCCUUUGGAAUGUAUGCUAUAGGCUUCGCUGAUCUUGGUCGCUUUACUUUCGAUGGAGAUGAGUUCACGAUUUUACCAGAUGCUAAGACAAAGACUGAGUCGAAUGGAGACACUCACUUAUCGACAGUAGAUUAUCCUUCUCUGAGUGCAUUUUUUGAUGCCGAUUGGAACGGUAAAGCAAACAGUCAAUUUAAUCUGAAACGGAUGCCAAAGGCAUUUUUCCUUACUCAUCUGUUAUCCUCCUUGAAAGAUCCUCUGUCGAACCAGUCUCUAAAGGAGGAAUGGCCUAAAGUUGCUCUACGCCUAGGUUUCCCCGUGUCUUCGCUAUCAGAUGAUGAUAUCGAUUCCUGUUUUGGUGAUCCCAUCGUUUCAGUAAAUGCAAUUAUGGGUGGUAUAAUUUCUCAAGAAAUCAUUCAAGGUCUGUCUCACAAAGGCAAACCGAAAGGAAAUUGGUACUUCAUGGAUGGAAGAACUUGUGAAGCAUCUAUUCUCUGGCUUCCAGAACAAGUCUCAACCCACUGA